AUGGAGAGCCCCGCCGUGCCCGUCCCGCUGGAUCCGCGAGAACAGCCUAUCCUCGAGCGGCUGCUCCGGACUCGCGAUUCUCUCCUGCUCAUUAAGCAGGACAAAUCCUCCUAUAUCAAGUCUCGCGAUGUGCUUCCUCUCUACGAAGAAGUGAUUGGAGAGGUCGAGACGCUCAAUACUGUCCGCAAAGAGCUGGACCGCCGCUUGGUACACAACCGACUGGACUAUGUGUUAGAUGACUGCUUCCAGCUUAUCUCCUUGCUUUUUUUGACCGUUGGACGGAACAACGAAGCCCCCGCAGUUUACUCGUCGGCCACUACUGUUCAGCGCCUGCUGGACCAUCUCGAAGAGGCUGGAUUUUACAGCUCGAAAGACCUAGAUUCAAUCACCAAGACUCUUGAUUCGAUGCGAGACACGUUGGCCCGCGGCCGCAACACAUACUCCCCUGCUCUUCUCACCCUCCUAGAGAGCCGACUCGAGCAAUGCCAGCUAGAGCUCAACAAACUGAAGAAAGGGCUGGACGCUUUGGCUCCCGAAUUGGUGCAAACACAUGAGACACUUGUUUCAAUUCUACGGUCAACUUCCGCGGUGAAUACUCGAUCAAAGUUCUCGGCGACGGAAGUAAAUGGCCUGCGGGAGCAGCUGAAGAAAAUAGAGGGCACAAUGAAAGAUGGGAAUUUCGUGGAUGCCCAGGGGAACAUCCUUGCUGGGCAGGAGGAUCUCAAGUCGUUGAUUCAUCGAUGUUACCGGUGGACAGAAAUUGUACUGGAACGGGAGGGCAAAAUUGAUGAGCGAUUCCGAGACCAGUAUGAUCGGUUGCUGGAGAUCCGAAAUCAGCUCGACCGCCUAUCAGUGACUCAAGCAUGGUCGCUGCGCGAGACGGACCUGUUUGGAUACCAGCGGAAACUCGACCGAAUUGACGAGGCGCGGGUCAAUGGGAACUUUGUCGAUGCCGAAGGGCAAACGGCUGACCUUCAUGCUCAGCGAACGUUACUGUAUCUCAUUCGGCGGAGUUAUGCAUACAUAUAUGCCCUCCUGAUCUCAUCAGAGCCCGUGUCUGAGGCUUUGCUACCCGUCUACAACCAGCUGCAGACCCUCCGGAGAUGCCUGAUUGAAGUCAAGGAAUCCGGAGGCGUCUCCAAUUCCCGUGAACUGUACCCUUAUAGCAUGAAGCUUAACUCAAUCGACAACAUGCGCGUCGAUGGAAAAUUCUACGUUGGCCCAGACAUCCCGGAGGGACAGGGCAGCGUCAACGCCCUGCUCGCCGAAUGCUACGACCUGGUUUGGGAAUUGCGAGCAGCCGUGGCCGAUGAGGAAGAUAAAGAAUCUUAG